AUGCGCGCUCGGGACCAGGUGGUAGCAAGCUGCUCGCAUCCUGCCAAGAUAAUUCCCACGCUGGAGCCCCGGCCGCCCACUUGUAUCGCAGACUUUCCGGGUGAAUAUGCUCUGGCGAAGUCUCGACGUCGGAUUUUACCGUUACUGGCCAAAUACUAUACCACAGACCUGCUGCUCAAAGCCAGUGAACCGGCACCUCUCGUUUUGAGUCAUAUAACGGACCCUGUCUCAUUCUCCACCACCUUACAUUUGACACAAACGACUUAUGCACGGAAAGGUCGCGGCGAAGCGAAACCACGGGACGCGGUCAACUGUCGAUGCAUUUGUGCCCUAAUAUCCUCAACAUUUAUAUCAAGUGUUCCGCGAAAGAGUGUCCCAACGCUGCUUGACCUAUCCACUUCGGCGGCCACGUUAAGUCGAAAUCUCCAGAUCUGUGCUAGAACGAAGGCUACGGAACCUAUCCUUCCUUCCACUAAUAGUGCUACAGGCGAGAAUGAUGCCUCCAAGGUCACAACACAAUGGGAAGCAAAAGCCUCUGUGACUCUCGAGUUCGGCCACAACAAUGUCAUAGUUCCCAGUUUCGAAUCUUCCCUGCUUUCUCUACGUUACAGUCUCGACCUUCGUGUGUGGAUAAGGGAAUCAAGCCGCUCCAGGUUCCACCUGGUUCUGCCGGUGCAGAUAUCUUACGGCACCAAUACUGACUAUGCUCCUCGGAUGCUUGCAGGACUGGAAUCCCCUGCGUACUUUGUAUAG